CUCUGGUUGGUUGGAACAACAUGUCACUCAUUAGAGCUGCUCCCGCUUUGCCCCUCCUACCUUAGCUGCUCAUUUGUCUGCAAACACUUGAACAGCCUUCCAGUGAACUUCCUCUUGAUUUGUGCUCUGAUUUUGUAUCCUUUGACAUUCAGUGUGCAUAUUCAUUUUAGCCGUAAUACGAAAGGCUGCAAGGUAAGGAUUGAUUUUAUGGAAAUAAGAACCUUGUCAAAUUUCAUUUCAUUUUUAUUUGUGUGUGUGUGUGUGUGUGUGUGUGUGUGUGUGUGUGGAGGCUGCAGGUCUGGAUGAUAAAUAUAACUGUGUUGACAUAUCAGAUUAGAAACCUAUCUAUCCACAUGCACAUUAAUUUUGAAGGAAGUUCCAGCGGAGUCAAUGGGACUUGCUUCUAAUUAAGCAUGCUUAGAGCUGAGUCAUAAAUUAUUUGAGUUUAGCACACUGUGAAAUUCUCAUGAAGAAUUAGUACUGUUGGUGGCAGAUAAUGCAACCUGUACAGAUCAAGAACUAUAAAGCUGGUUGUUGGAACCCGUAUUUUUGAAGUGGGACCUGUAAUAAAAUGUUGCAGUGUGGAGACCUGCAGUUCAGGAUUCCGCCAACCAGCCAUGCCUUUUUCCAGGAUACUCCAUUCCACAUGGACCGUAUCCUGGUUUGCUGUCUGCCUGCCCCCUCUCCCUACAGACAAUCAGCGUCAUGUGCCCAUUGAGCAUAUUUAGGACCCUUAAUUGUUUAUACUUCUGCAAAAGUUGGCGUUUCCCUGAGCCUGGUGAUACCUUUCUCUUGUGCAUGGAUGACUGCGGAAGGAUGUACACUGGGCAAAAGAAUUUGCAACUAGUCUAUACAUUAGUGUGCGUAUAUUGUGUACCUAAUCCCCACUAGAAGAAAGCUGCAGCCUGUCUAAUCAACUGUUUAGAGAUGGGAAAGUUUGGAUUUAAUCACCGCUCAGCCCUCUUCACUUGCACGUUUUUGGAUUGGAUUUUUGUAUAUUAAUAGGGAUACAAGAAACAGGACCAAAGAUGAGAUAUUUGAGCGUGGGCACUGAUAAAAUUGUUACAGGGCUGGGUCCUAUAGAAGAAUGCUAAAAAGAAGAAAAAAAACCCAAAUAAAGGAAACAUUUUAUUUGAUACUUUAAAAGAAAAUUUGAAUUGCUAUCCCAAAUUUGUAAGCCUACAUCCUAUAGGCUUGGAGGAGAUCGUGCUAGGUUUUUUAACUCAAGGCAUGUUAGCAGUAACUUUUUUUAGCAGCACGCAACACAAUCUCUAGAAACCAGUAUCAACAAGAGGGGAGAAAGCCUGGUGAAUGUAUUGGCAGCAGGCAACAUUCCUAAGGACAUUUCCCUGAAAGGGCAGGGAAAGAAAUGGGAUUAGCUUCUGAGCAAUAGUUUAACACUCAGGUAUGAGUCAGCUUCAGUCCAAUUACUUCACCUUAACUGGGCUGUACAUCUGGUUCACAGGUAAAAAGUUUGUCCUCUUAAAAGUGUAGCUUCAGCCACCUGCGAGACCUGGCAACCAAACCCUGUGUUGUGGGUAGGUUGAUUGAAUAGCCACAACAUCCAAUUGGUAGGUCCCUUGAUGCUGGGUUUAAUCAGGCCAAUGGGAUGCAAGCUAAAUGGAUCAAGGGACCUAUAUAUACCUAUGCAUGUGACCCAGAGCUUCCUCUUUCAGUGUGUGCAUCGGAACACCCGCCCACCUCUCCCUAUAUUUAGGGCAUUUUGCGCUUGACCUUGCUAUGCCGUCGUAUGUCGUCAGUUGUUGGGACAGGAGCACGGCAGGAAUUUUCCCCACUUGGCUGAUUGGCUGGUGCCAUUUGGGUUUCGCCUGCUGCAUAGCAAAUUGUCACAACUUGUAAGGUUGCAGAUAGGCUCUGGUUUAGGUGGUAGGGAUGGGAGAACGCUCUCGCCAUCCCUAUGUGAAGGGUAUUCCGUUAAAGGAAUCCAGGGACUUGAUGGUUUGGCCAACCCCUGUGAGGGGGUUGUGCCUGUGCCUGACUCCAGGGGGGCAUUUGGGUGGCAGAGAUAGCCUGUUCCCUGCUUUCCACUUAUCCAUGUGUUCACCCUUGGCUGACCUAUGCUGGUGCCCUGGGUCAGUGUUACCUGCAACAUGCAGGGAGCUAGCGGAACCAGAGCCUAUGCAACCACUCACUUGCUGUAAUCAAUAAAGUUGUGGCCUAAAUUCUGCCAAAAACCAAACCAAAAUUUGAGUCUUGUCUGAAUUUUUUUAAGGGGGAGGUUUAAAGGUCUGAACAUUCAAACAGUAUCAGAAACAUUGGUGGGAAGUUUGCUUAGGCUGUUGUAUGCAUAAAAGUUAGCCUAACAAUUUCUGUCAUUCUAAAAUCGGUGACAUUUAUCAUAGAAAUUGUUAUGCUUAUUUGCCAUGAUAUGACAGUUCCCUCCACCUGUAUGGCCUACACUUUCUUUUUAUUAAUAAUAUUUUAUUCUUUUUUCCAUAUAGACAAUUGCAUUUGUUACACUGGAAUUAUAUUCCAAAUCAACAAAACUAGUGACUUCCCGCUCAGCCAACAUCUAUGUUUAUAACCCAAAUUACAUACAAUUGUGUUUUAAGGUUCUGUUUUAUCUAAUUUCAUCCUCUCUAACGUGUUUCUUAAUAUAUUCUGCUGUUUCCUUACACUUCAAAACCCAGCUGUGGUCUUCGCAUAUAGGAAAUAACUUUAAUAUAGACUAGAAAUGGUUUCCAGUCUUCUUUAAAAGAUUCUAAAUUUGUACAUAUCUUUUAGCAGUGCUUGUCAAUUUUGCCAUCUCUGCAUAGUCCAGGAUUUUCAUCAACCAGUCUUCCUUUGAGGGUGUUCUCCCCUCCUUCCAUUUCUGAGCAUAGAGAAUCCUUGCCGCUGUAGUCACAUACAUAAAUACCGUCUAGCAUCCCCAGCAGGAGGGAUUAUGGCCUCUUGGGAAAAGUCACUUUUAAUUUUUUCUUAAUUUCAUUAUAUCUCAUGUCCCCAAAGGGUAUGGCCUAAACUUUCAAUUAAGCAUUUUUUUACUUCCUGGACAGAUUUAUUUUUAAGUGGCCAAAUUAAGUGGCAUUGCACUGUUCAGGUAACGCUAUAGUGAAGCCUAUAGUUUUAUACUCAGAUAAAAGUGCUCCUGAACGCAAUGUAUCAGCCCCCCCACUUCAAAAAGAGCUUCUAGAAUCUCUACCCACUAUUUCCAUAGUGACGGCAUGUGUUGAACACAGUGUUCCAUUGUACCAGCCUAUUCGUGCCUAAGAUUAAAACAAGCAUUGUUUAAUUUGUCAAUGUCAUGAAGAUGGCAACUGGGCGGAAACAUGUUUGGCAGGGUCUGCCAUUUUUACAAGCAAGAAUAUGGGAACAGGCUAAGAAAGUGGCCAAUUUUAACUUCAACCCGUUUGAAGGGUAUGGAUUGCUAAAUAAAGUACAGGUGUAAAAUUUUUCCCACCUAUAUGAUGUGUUUCUUACAUAGACCUCUCUUGAUUGAUUGACCAAUCUAUGGAAAAUAAUUCUGAGUGUAUAAAAGAGGCAGAAAUGAGGGUCAACCAUUUGUCCAAGACUGCUGUACCUGACAGUGACUAGCUGGAAAUAGAACACAGUGGCAUAAUGUCUAGAUGUUUGCUCUUCAGCUAAAUCUUGUUGUAGAAUCCAUUGCUAGGGAGAUCAGGAAAGGUAAGCUGAUUUGCUGUGUAGCUCUGAGUUUUCCUCUGUAUUAGUUAGUUGCAAGUCUCCCUACUGUGUACAAGGCCUGAAUUUUAUUUAUUUAUUUAAAAACAACCUUCUUCAGCUUUUCACGCAAACAAAACCAUUGUUUCGCUCAGUAAAGUGUUACAAGGACUUUUCUCUCUGGAGUCUGUAAUAUUUAGGUGACUUUGCUAACAAAUACAUGAUGUGAAAUCCUCACACUACAACUUGCCUUGCCUCUACUCCUGUUCAUUGGCUGCCAUAUGCAGAGAAAGGGAAUCUGACAACACAAUGAUGUCAUGUCCUCCAUUCUUCCCUAGGUGUUAUGAGGGAGACAGAACGAGCAAGAUAUGUGGCAGCUCUGGUAAUGUCUAAUUCUGUUCCCAGUCUUUCCAUUAAAGGUAAAGGUACCCCUGCCCGUUCAGGCCAGUCUUGCCAGACUCUAGGGUUGUGCGCUCAUCUCACUCUAUAGGUCGGGAGCCAGCGCUGUCCGCAGACACUUCCGGGUCACGUGGCCAGCGUGACAAGCUGCAUCUGGCGAGCCAGCGCAGCACACGGAACACCGUUUACCUUCCCGCUGGUAAGCGGUCCCUAUUUAUCUACUUGCACCCGGGGGUGCUUUCAAACUGCUAGGUUGGCAGGCGCUGGGACCGAACGACGGGAGCGCACCCCGCCGCGGGGAUUCGAACCGCCGACCAUGCGAUCGGCGAGUCCUAGGCGCUGAGGCUUUAACCCACAGCGCCACCCGCGUCCCUAGUCUUUCCACUACUUCUUGGCAAAACCCACUUGGAUCUCAUCCUCUGCCUCCCACUCUUUAGCAAAUAGUUAGCCUCCUUCUCUGGCAAUGGCUGGCAAGUCCUUCAAGGCUUGCUUGGAAAGUUCUUCCAGUGCCAUCAUGGCCAAAUCGUGCUACAUGGAGUAACUGAUCUAUAAACCAGCAGGCCACAAAUUUGUCAGGCCACAUUUUGGCAAGACUUCAUCUUAAACCUCCAGUGUCCCCCUGGUGGCUGCUUUGAGCAUAAAGGGAAGUAUAGUCUUCCCUUCGUCUCCAAAGCAAUUACAGUGGUACCUUGGGUUAAGAAUUUAAUUCGUUCUGGAGGUCUGUUCUUAACCUGAAGCACCACUUUAGCUAAUGGGGGCCUCCUGCUGCCGCCGCGCUGCUGCUGCACGAUUUCUGUUCUCAUCCUGAAGCAAAGUUCUUAACCCGAAGUACUAUUUCUGGGUUAGCGGAGUCUGUAACCUGAAGCGUAUGUAACCUGAAGCGUAUGUAACUCGAGGUACCACUGUACUCCAGUGGUGAUUUCCACCGCAUAUUUCACUGUGUAGGCAUAUAAUAUGAGAGAUAUGACAAAACGUUAAAUUUUACACAUUCUGCUGUAAUGCUAGUUUUAUUUAUGACCUGCAGGUUCAUUCCUAACAACAGAGGCCUCCAGCACAGAUUUGAACUUUUCAACAACUUUCCCAGACAGAACAAGAAGCCAAGGUACAGAACCAAAGCCCAGAAUGAAAAAUGUGGAACAGCACUACCUACUGAUUGAAAGUACCAGUGUGGUGCUAUGAGCUACUACUCUCAUCAGCCAAGCUGACUGAGGCUGAUGGGAGUUGUUGUCCAAAUCAUCUGGAGGAAACCAAGAUGGUGGUUGAAGUGUAGGUGGGUUCCCAGGAGGCAAGAAAAAGUGAUAGCAGCAAGAACCUUUAUUGAACUAACAGAACUGGACAACAGGGGCAAAGCAACUGCUUAUAUACAUUCCUGAAGGCCCGGGCCACUCCCACUCCCAACGUGAUUGGCUGUCUAAACUUCCAAGCUGUGAAUCAUAACUCAGAGUUUAAGGGUCAAUGGCAGAGGCCCAAAUCCUGAAAUGUUCUGCGACUGGAUAUCACAUAUUGAAUCAGAACACAGGGGCUCAGAAUCCUUAGUCCACACUCAAGGUUAGGCAAACACAGACUACUGAAUACAUAACAGUGGUAGCUGCUUUAGGAGCUACCAACUGAAUCAGCAAAUAUUCAAGCAUUUUCAAAGCUGACUUUGCCCAAUCAUCCUUCUGGCAUAGGUGACAACAAGCCUACUUUUCUGGAUUACACAAGGCAUCUGGCUCUAACUUAGACCUUUCUGCCCUCACUUCUGCCCACAAACAAACCUGUUUGUUGGCUUGGAAAAGCCAAACUGUUCAUGCUCAAAAAUCACUUUGGGCCCUACCAGAUGUCUUCUUUUAUUGUGCAUUCAUGACUGUUUGUGCUCAUAAUAGAAUCGGGAAAGUUAUGCAUGAUUCCACUUUCAAUACAUUUUGCAAUUCCAAAUAUUUCACGGCAGUCAUACUGCUUCAUUCCCAAUCGGUGCGUGUCCUGCAACCUCCUGCUGAAAUCCUGUAGCUUUCCGUAAUGCAUGUUCCAGUUCAUUUUUCAACCAGCUUUUGUUGUGCUAUAGUGACAGAUUGCCCUUCCAGACAGUGGUAAUGCGGUAACAUUGGGGGAGCAUCCCAGAACAACUGAUAAAGCGGAAUGAUGUGCAGAUUGUUGUUGUUUAGUCGUUUAGUCGUGUCUGACUCUUCGUGACCCCAUGGACCAGAGCACACCAGGCACUCCUGUUUUCCACUGCCUCCCACAGUUCGGUCAAACUCAUGUUUGUAGCUUCGAGAACACUGUCCAUCCAUCUCGUCCUCUGUCGUCCCCUUCUCGUGUGCCCUCCAUCUUUCCCAACAUCAGUGUCUUUUCCAGGGAGUCUUCUCUUCUCUUGAGGUGGUCAAAGUAUUGGAGCCUCAGCUUCAGGAUCUGUCCUUCCAGGGAGCACUCAGGGCUGAUUUCCUUAAGAAUGGAUAGGUUUGAUCUUCUUGCAGUGCAUGGGACUCUCAAGAGUCUCCUCCAGCACCAGAAUUCAAAAGCAUCAAUUCUUUGGAAAUCAGCCUUCUUUAUGGUCCAGCUCUCACUUCCAUACAUCACUACUGGGAAAACCAUGGUUUUAACUAGAUGUGCAGAUGGUCCACUAUAAAUCCACUGUAAAUCCACCAUCAUUGCAUGAAUGACAUGUUGCAGAACACACACGCAAAAACCCACCAGUCAAGAAGGGCCCUUUAUCAUGCAGUAGAGUAAGAUAGCUCUUGCAUACAAAUUGUUAAUUUCCUCUCCUAUAUCCGAGGGGUCAUGCAAGAUAGCCAGCCCUAAUCCUGCUGCCACCACCCUGCUUCAAGGUAACAAUGCAAGCUUUGUGUCUCAUAAAUUGGUGAUUUAAUUUUACUGCAGUGCAACGACAACAACAACUGCUCUUCUCUCCCAGUCAGGCUCAGACUCCCUCAGAUGUUGCCCAAUCUGAAAGGCAGCAAAAUCAAUUACCCAAUGCACUAAAUAGAAAGGCAGUGCAUGCAAAACAAUGGCCAUUUUAAACAUUUCCUGCCUCAAGUCCAGUUAGCUCAAUGUUAUAUACUCUGGCAGGCAAUGGCCCUGUAAGGUCUCAGAGGGACUGUUAGGACAUUGCAACCAAUUUAAUACACAGCCUCCGCCUUUCAUAUGCAGCUGGGCAAUUGCUCUGCACAGCUAUGGAUCUUUACUGCUGUGGGUAUCUGUGGUGGCACAGGGCAAAUGGCUUAUUUCAUUUAUUUAUUAAAUUUAUAUACCACCUUUUCCUCCAAGGAGCUCCAAGGAUGGUGUACAUGGUCCUCCCCAUUUCAUCUCCCCAACAACCUUGCGAUGUAGGUUAGGCUGAGAGACAGUAAUUGGUCCAGGGUCAUCCAGUGAGCUUCAUGGCUGAGUGGAGAUUUGAACCGUGGUAACUUUCUUUCCACAGGGCUAGAGCGCUUUUAUUCUGACCAAAGGCAGAGAAAACCACCUUAUGGUUCUUAGUUUUUUUGCAGCUGGCUAGUAAGAAGAAACAGCCUUAGAGUGAUGUUACCUUCAGAGGACUGGUAGGACCAUGGCUUUGCCUUUUCACCAGGAAAUGGUGAAACAGUCCUGAAAUUAGGGUGGCCACUUACACAUUGCUCAGACAGAGUAAACACAGCUCAAACAACAAUAACAUCAUCAUCAUCAUCAUCAGUUGAAUAACAACAAGAAGAGCACACAUUUGCAUAACCUUUGAAUAUGCUAACAUGUGGAUAGAAGCAAGCUUAUAAAUAAUUGCUGUAAUUUAAAUGGGAAUACAUCUCACUAUAGUGGGGAACAAAGAGCAGAGACAUCACCUUGCCAACAAAGGUCUGUAUAGUUAAAGCUAUGGUUUUCCCAGUAGUGAUGUAUGGAAGUGAGAGCUGGACCAUAAAGAAGGCUGAUCGCCGAAGAAUUGAUGCUUUUGAAUUACGGUGCUGGAAGAGACUCUUGAGAGUCCCAUGGACUGCAAGAAGAUCAAACCUCUCCAUUCUGAAGGAAAUCAGCCCUGAGUGCUCACUGGAAGGACAGAUCGUGAAGCUGAGGCUCCAAUACUUUGGCCACCUCAUGAGAAGAGAAGACUCCCUGGAAAAGACCCUGAUGUUGGGAAAGAUUGAGGGCACAAGGAGAAGGGGACGACAGAGGACGAGAUGGAUGGACAGUGUUCUCGAAGCUACCAGCAUGAGUUUGACCAAACUGCGGGAGGCAGUGGAAGACAGGAGUGCCUGGCGUGCUCUGGUCCAUGGAGUCACGAAGAGUCGGACACGACUAAAUGACUAAACAACAACAACAACAUAGUGGGGAAGACCAUGAGCAGGGGACUGGUAUGGUGGCAGCUAUGGAGGGACAGCUUCAAGGCUCCUGCUAAUCUCCAUCCUUAGGACUCCUGAUCAUUAAGCUAGACUUGAGCAAAUUCAACUAAUUUCAGAGCUUUCUCUUCCAACGGGGUUUCACAAACCCAUAUGAAGAAAUAUUAUAAUCAAGCCUUCAAGCCACAAAUGAGCAGGAGAGGAGCUUAAUCAGGGUAAAGCAAAUCCCUCUCCCCGAAAGACAGAAGCUUUUCCCCAGUGACUUUGUUCAGUACAUUGUGUGAAUAAUGGGAUAUAAGAAAGAGAUGAUAAGUGACAUCUUCUGGCUAAUGCACCAAUCAUUAUCCUGCCUUUUAAUAAUAUAAUUGAAGGCUGAUAGCAAGCCACCUUUUAUUUAUUUCUGUUCAACACACUCGAAAUGAUUUGCUUUCCGUAUUGAUUGUGUGGCUGCUUUGGCUUAUUUAUCAUUCUUUUGCACAAUUUUUCAGUUGUUAUUUCUAAUGCUGCUGGUUGUCUCUCCCCCCCCCCAACCCAAUUUGUUCUUUCCCGAUUUUAUCUCUGAUUCGCGAUGAUGUCCUUGUGUCUUCCCACAGGACCAAUGAGGCUUCCGUGCUUUCCAAGGUACAAUUUUGUGGGGCAGAGUUAUCUCGGUAGCUCCCAGUGGGAGUGAGGCAUGGAUUUGCAAUCAUCUGACAUCAGUAAGGUACCAGGGCAUUCCUAAGAUUCAACUGCUUUGCUGCUGUAUGUUGGGGAAGUGAUGAGAAAGAGAACAUUGGGGAAAAUGGCACCCUUUUAUGCUGGAUUAAUGAUUUGAGAUAAUGACCAUCCUCUGGCUUUCUCUUCUGUGUCACCACUGCAGGUUAAAUAGGACGCAGGUGGCGCUGUGGUCUAAACCACUGAGCCUUUUGGGCUUGCCAAUCAGAAGGUCAGUGGUUCGAAUCCCUGUGAUGGGGCGAGCUCCCAUUGCUCUGUUCCAGCUCCUGCCAACCUAGCAGUUCGAAAGCACACCAGUGCAAGUAGAUAAAUAGGUACCGCUGUGGCGGGAAGGUAAACUGCAUUUCAGUGCGCUCUGUCACUCAUCACGGUGACCCAUACGCCAGAAGCAGUUUAGGCAUGCUGGCCCCAUGACCGGAAAGCUGUCUGGGGACAAACGACGGCUCCCUCGGCCUGAAAGCAAGAUGAGAGCCGCAACCCCAGAGUCGCCUUUGACUGGACUUAACCGUCCAGGGGUCCUUUAACCUAACCUUAAAGUGCAAUGUCGAAUGUAAGAGCACUGUACAAAGAGCUAGGAAAAGAGGGGACAGAGUAUCAGGGCUGACUCUAGGUUUGAGCAGGAUGGGCAGGGGGAGAGCUGGGCAAAGUCUUUAGCAGCGGGCAUCUGGGUUAAGGCACCAUUUUAAUCUCUCACAGUGCCCAGAAUCUAAGGAUGUCAGAGAAUUCUGACAUAAACCAGAGUGGAAUUUACCAGUGGUCAGUUACUCAGCCCAUGUCUGAAACCGAAAUCAACUCAAAUCAGCUGUUGUUGUGUUUAGUUUGCAAAUGAUAUGCAAUUGAUUGUGUGUCCCCCUCCACUCUUUUGCAUUGUGUUUCCUUUGCAAUGAAAUGAAUGGGGUGGAAUAAUUCAACGACAACAACAUUUAUGUAGUUAAUCACAUCAUGAGCCUGGAUAGCUCUGCUGGUUAGGGCAUGAUGCUGAUAGCACCAAUCUUGCAGGUUCGAUCCCUGUAUGGGACAGCAGCAGGACCCUGCAUUUGCAGGGGGCUGGACUAGAUGAUCCUAACGGUCCCUUCCAACCUGACAAAUCUAUGAUUCUAAGUUAUAUACAGUGGUGCCUCGCAAGACGAAAAGAAUCCGUUCUGGGAGUCUCUUCGUCUAGCGGUUUUUUCGUCUUGCGAAGCAAGCCCAUUGAUGGGAUUAGCGGAUUAGCGCUAUUAGCGCUAUUAGCGGCUUUUAGCGGCUUUUAGCAGCUUAUCAGCUUAUCGGAUAAGCAGAUAAGCGGCUUAGCGACUUAGAAAAGAGGGGGGAAAGGAAAAAAACCCAGGAACUCGCAAGACAUUUUCGUCUUGCGAAGCAAGCCCAUAGCAGAUUCGUUUUGCGAGGCACCUCCAAAACGGAAAACUCUUUCGUCUAGCGAGUUUUCCGUCUUGCGAGGCAUUCGUCUUGCGGGGCACCACUGUAAUUUUGCCACAGCAGAAAGUGAGACAGAUACCUGUACCAGUCAUCUCACUUCAAAUGUUAAAAAGAUUCAACAGCCUGAAAAAGAGAGACAAGGAAUGUACUUUUGUAAACCAAGAAAAUCUUUAAUAAAAAUUAUAUUAAAAAAAUAGAAGAAACCGUGCUACAGAUGAGAUAUACAGGGCAGAACAGAAAAUGAUGCCUUCUUACAUCCCAACCUGGAGUGACACUGAAGAAGGCAUUGUGGGAAAUUUAGAUGGAGGCUAGGCCCACCUGCCUAGGGCUGCUGGGGAUUCUGGAAUAUAUUUAAAAUGGAACUGUUAUGUAUUCAGUUAUGUAUUCAGUGGUCUGUGUUUGCCUGAGCUUGAGUCUGGACUAAGGAUUCUGAGCUCCUGUGUUCUGAUUCAAUACAUGAUGUCCAAUCACAGAACAUUUCAGGAUUUGGGCCUCUGCCAUUGGCCCUUGAACUCUGAGUCGUGAUUUGCAGCAUGGAAGUUUAGACAGCCAAUCACAUUGGGAGUGGGAGUAGCCCAGGCUUUCACGAAUGCAUAUAAGCAGUUGCUUUGCCCCUGUUUCCCAGUUAUGUAGUUCAAUAAAGGUUCUUGCUGUUAUCACUGUUUCUUGCCUCGUGGGAACCCACCUACACUUCAGGAACCUAGGCCAGGCAUCAGUGUUAUGCCCUACUGGGACCUUGGCAGUUGCCCAAGGAUGCCAGUUGUUGAUGCGGGCCUUGCAAAGAAAGAUUCGGAUGAUACAGAGCUAUAGCCAUGCCUGUUCAAUCACAUAUAUUAGAUGUUUGUUCCAGUCACAAAAAUGAGGUAAAAAUUUCUAGGUGUUUUAAAUGGCCAUGCCUUAGAAUAGCUGGCCAUGGAACUAACCAGAGAGGACUUAAUAUUGAGUGGCAACAAGGAUGUAAUUGGAAGAUGUAAGUGGAAGAUGUAAGUGUUGUAGAACUGAUUGGGAACAGUGACCAUAUUGUUGUCAAAAUUAACUUACAUGUAGGUAGAUAAUCGCCAAGAAAAACCUAAGUCAGUCGCAUUUGACUUCAAAAAAAGAAGCUCCCCUCAAAUGGUGGUGGAAAGAGAAAGUGAAGAGGGUCAAAUCUCUCCAGAAUGCUUUGGGGUUGUUCAAAACCACAAUAACAGAAUGUAUAACCGCAGAUCAAGAAAGGUACUAUCAGGGUCAAGAGGAUGCCACUGUGAUUAAUGAGCAGAGAAGGAAGCUAUAAGAGGAAAGAAGGAUUUCUUCAGAAAAUGGAAGUCAUGUCCAAAGGAGGAGAACAAACUUUGGCAAAAGAAAUGCAAGCAGACAAUAAGGAAUGCAAAAUGAACCAAGAAAAAAACAAAACAAAAAACAAUGAGCACAUCAUUAAAAACAUAAAAACCACCACCAACAAAAAUCUUUAAAUACAUUAGAGACAGGAGAUCAGGUAGGGAUGUGGUUGGACCUUGGAUAACAAAGGAGUCAAAUGUGUGGUGAAGGAGGAAAAGGAGAUUGCAGAUUGCAAAGAAGCUGAAUACAUUAUCGGCAUUUCAGGAAAAGAUGUAGGGUAGAUACCCUGUGCCUGGACUCAGUUUCUCAAGAAAGGGAGUCUGAGGAACUGUGGCAAACAGUGGUGAAAAGAUAGGAAGUUCUAGGCCUUACUGAGAAAAACUGGCAAAUCACCACAUCCAGAUGGCACGCACCUGGGAGUUAUUAAAGAACUCCACUGUGAAAUUGUUGAUCUUCUAACAAAAUAUGUCCCUAAGACGAGCCUGUUAGAAUUCCUGCUCCAUGACUGCAGUCAUGGGAUUGUUGUCUUUCACAUGACGGUGUAUGUUUUGACUCCACAGAGUGGGAAGUGACGGAGACAGGAUAUUUGUGUUACUGUAUUCCGUGAAGUGGGACUAUUGUCCUUUGUUUUUUCUCUUUGCUGUCUGAUCCUAGAGAGAGAAGGAGCCAGGUUGCAGUGCUCCGUGUGUGUUUAUAUGUAAAUAAAGUAGAUUAGCCAAAAUGCUGAGUUGCUGAGGUCUGUUAUGCAAGCUGCGAAGACUCUGCGGAUCCCUAAGUGUCUGUUGACAUCGGUCACUGUGAUGUUCAAGCAGAAGAAAGCUUUUGAAGCUCCUGAACUAUUGACCAGGAGGGAAAGAACAUGCCAGUCGGGCAUGUGUCUUGCCAGGGUCCUACUUGAGAGUAGGACAAGCUCCUGACAGAGCCUCCAUAUUUGAAGUCUGAAAAGUGGCAAAUGUAACACCGGUUUUGAAAAAAGGGACCCAGAUGGGAUCAAGGAAAUUACAGGCUAAUUGGCUAAACUAGGAAAACUGGUGGGAAGCAUUAUUAAAGAUGGGAUUAGCAGGCCUAUAGAAGAGCAAGCCUUUCUGAAACAAAACAACAUGACAUCUGUAAAUUUAAGCCCUGCCUCGCUAACCUCUCUGAGUUCUUUGACAGUGUCAACAAGCAUAUAGGUAGAAUUGAUCUAGUCAGUGCUUUUUUCUGGGGGGGAUGCAUAUCCCUAAACAUUUUGUGAAUCUAAGUUUGGCCUCAUUGAGGGGCAGUAUUUCAAUAUGAAAAUGAAAGUACCCCUAAACAUUUAUUUAUUUUUUUAGAAAAAAAGAACUGGAUCCAGUCAACUUUGUGAACCUAUAAAAUGUUUUUGUACCUCACCAAAGACUCCUGAGUAUGUUUAGCAGUCAUGAAUAAGAGGAGAGGCUGGAAUACAGAUCAGAAACUGGUUAAGGACUAGGAAUCAGGGAGUAGAAAUAAAUGGAAAGGUCUUCUAAUGGAUGAGUCCCCCAAGGUCGGUACUGAGGGUUUAAACUCAGUUUUCAUUCAGGUUCUGCUUUCCAGAGGCUAUAACACACACAUGGCUCUGCCUAGAUGAUGACAAAGAGUAGGAUGAUCAAAUGUGAGGAGGCGGGCCUUAACAAAUCCUGGUCUAAACCAUUUAGAGCUAAAAUAGGGAUAAGCAGUAUUUCGCAUUACACCUGACAGCAAUGAACGUGGUAAAAAAAAGCAGAGAAACGUGCUCCAAAAAAUUAAGUGAAUGAUUACAUAUUUUCAAACUAGCUAGAGGAAAGCUGAGAUUUAAAUCUUCUCAGCUUCUGGCUGUCAAAUUCUCUCACCUAUUGGGCACACAUGAGGUCCAUAAAUAGAACAGUGUAUCCAUGGCAAUGGGGAGUUCAUUUUCUCCUAACAAACUGGUAACAAAUCACUUAACUUUUUUAUUUGUUUAAAUAUUGCAAUUCAGUGCUCAGCAUUUAUACCACACUUUACAGAGUUCAAAGCACUUUCACACGCAUUAUCUUGGAAAUUUCUCCCAUGGCAUUUUUAAUAUUUUUUUUUAAUUUUUUUUUUGAAAAUUUCAUCAAAACAUUUUUAUUCCCGUAUUGCAAAUGAGGGAAGGUAAGGAUGAGACCGAGCUUAGCGAAAAGCAGAUGGCAGCUUAGGGGAGUUGGGUGAGUGAAAGACAGUGGCAUAUUCCUGGUGGAAGACCACCAACUCAGAGCUCCCUGGAUCUCCCUGCCAACCAGGGAGGCCCUAAGCUACUGAAAGUAAUGGGACCCUUUAUAUGUCCAGCUGUCCUUUGUCAACAACAAAUUGUUGCUGUUUUAUGUGUUUAAUAUAUGGUAAUUUAUGGACCUAAUAGGCAUCUAAAGCCAUUUGCACAUAACAAAAUAUGUGUUUUAUCAUAUUAAUUGUUGAACAGAAAUACUAUUAAGAAGCAUAUUAAUAGUGAAAUACAAUUAAGAAGAAGUAUAUUAAUAGUGAAAUAAUUAUUAAGCUCUAACUAAAAAUGAUUGGGGGCCCAUUACAGUGGUACCUUGGGUUAAGUACUUAAUUCAUUCUGGAGGUCUGUUCUUAACCUGAAACUGUUCUUAACCUUAACCUUUAGCUAAUGGGGCCUCCCGCUGCCGCCGAGCAUUUUCUGUUCUCAUCCUGAAGCAAAGUUCUUAACCCGAGGUACUAUUUCUGGGUUAGCGGAGUCUGUAACCUGAAGCGUAUGUAACCCGAGGUACCACUGUACUUACAUCACAGGAGCCUACACAACACAAAACACUGUUGCUGUAUGUAGGUUUUAUUUUAUUUGUUUUUUAUCUUAUAUUUUGGAAAUGUACAUCCAGUGUUUUUUCCUUUAAUUUUUUGGGGGCCCCCGAAGCUAUAGCUUUUACGUAAAUCCGGCAUUGCUGCCAACGCCGACACUCAUUUCCCAGCCCCAGCUAAUGAGGCUUGUUCAGGUACUGCAGAUCAGUGACUUAGAUGGUAAAGAAAAAUCUCCAUCUACUUCACAACAGCAGUGUUCAGCAACCGUCAGGGUUUAGCUUGCUCAGAGCUGGAACCAGGGGCAGGUGGGGUAUCCUUGAAGGAGGAGCAAGGGGAGUGGAGCCCAACAGCACCCAGAUCUCCAUGUUCUUCCUCCUUUGACUCUGAGGAGCUGUCAGACCUAGACGUUCUGGUCCAGGGCCACACCAGAUGGUUGCCCAGAUUCAGGACAAGAGAUCUGUACACCAGUUGCCUGAGUCCCUGGCCAGCUUUUAGACCCCACCCCAUCUAGGGUCAUAGUAGCAGAGAAGAUGGCUAGUGAGAUAGAUGUUUCAGGAUCAUGUAUGAAAUGCUCAGCACAUGUGAAGUGAUGUGGGAGAAGUGGGGAGUUUAUGUAAGCCUAGAUCAGAGCCUGGCUGGAAGCCAGGAAAAGUUGGAGCCAGCAGCUCCUGUAUAAGAUACCACUCUGAGCUGCUUCACUGCUGAAGCAACAUCUCCCCUAGAGCCCCAAGUUCCAGCAUAAAGCCUCCUUGAACUAGAGAAAUGGGUAGGGAGUACAGUGGUACUUGGGUUAAGUACUUAAUUCGUUCUGGAGGUCCGUUCUUAACCUGAAACUGUUCUUAACCUGAAGCACCACUUUAGCUAAUGGGGCUUCCUGCUGCUGCCGCGCUGCUGGAGCACGAUUUCUGUUCUCAUCCUGAAGCAAAGUUCUUAACCUGAAGCACUAUUUCUCGGUUAGCGGAGUCUGUAACCUGAAGCGUAUGUAUCCUGAAGCGUAUGUAACCUGAGGUACCACUGUACGUUUCUGUUCUCUUCCCCUCCCCCCAUCCAAGAAAAGCAAAUGUACAUCCUCUUGUUUUUCUUCUUCUAUUUUGCAGUCUUAAUCCUGACAUAUUUGUUCAUCUCCUCUGAACCUUUCCCAUUUGUCAGAGUCUUUCUUAGCACAAGUGAAUUCUGGGUUGAUGAUGAAUUAAUAUUUAUAAAGCAAGUUCCCUGUUGGAAUGUACAUGUGAAGCAGAACUGGCAAAGACUAGUUGUUUUGAGUGCCAGUGUGUAUAUGUGAUUUCACAGCGCAACACCGUUAUGAUGUAACUUGAUAGAAUAAUAGUUUACACAGUCAUCGUUGCCCCAAUCUGAAUAGGAGCAUAUGGAUGCAGAUGCAGUUUAUAAGGAGAAUGCAUGCACAAACUAUUGUUGAAUGAGCAAGUCCACACCUAAUCUACUUCCCAGGGCUAAGCGCAUCUAGCCCCAGUUGUAUGCUCGCAGUAACAAUGAUGAUCACCUAUCUGUUUAGGUUGAGGAGCAAGCGGGGGGGUGGGGGUGUUUUUUUAUCUCUUCCCUUCCACACGGAACAGCUGAUUGGGUCUACCACAAGUAUCUGACUGGGGAUUUGUAUGUGCAGCCCCAACUACUAGACAUAUUUGUUUGUUGGACAGAGCUUAGGUUUUCCAUAUAUUUUUAAACCUGUGACUAUUUCAUUUCAGGUUCAAAGGAUAAAAGCUAUGUGUGAUGGCCUGGGAUUCCGAUUCGGAGGAUGAAACAGAGGAAUCCCGGCCUGCACAGGAGUCCCCGCCUCCAGGGCCGGCUGAACUGGGGCAAGGCCUUGAUGCUGAAGAGUCUGCACCUGUGGCAGUGCAUCAGGAGCUGGCCCCAGGUGAAGCCCUUCGGGCCCCAGAGGGGCUUGAUGACUCAGUGGCCACAGGUGAGCCUCCUCCAGGGCCCAGUAACCCUUCGGCCUCUCCUGAUCUGCAGAGGCUUAGGGCAGAGAGGCGAAGGGAACUGGUUGCCCCCAGGAGGAGUGCUCGCCUUAAGGCCAGAGGAGGCGGGGCUCCUGGGGACCGGGACCGCCCCUGGCCUUAGAAGAGGAUAAAAGCCCAGUCAGCCCGGCCCCAGGUUGCGGGAGCAACGUCGGUGUUGGCGUCGGACCUUCCUGUGUUCCUGAUCCCUGCUCGGCUUCCUGUUCCUGACUAUCCGGUACUCCUGUUCCCUGCUCGGCCUCCUGUUCCCGACCAUCCGGUGUUCCUGUUCCCUGCACAGCCUCCUGUUCCAGCAGUCCUGUUCCCCGCCCGGCUCUCUGCCUCGGACCUUGCCCCUCUUCGUGUGGACUCUGCUACACCCAAGGUACCUUACCCCCGGGACCAGCACAGUUUGCUCCCGCCAAACCCGCACUCCCCCUUCGUAGGGGUGCGUUCGGGAAGAGCCAGAGCGCGAGGCUUUGCAGGACUUCUUGCGCAAGAACCUGGAGCGUGGGUUCAUUAGGCCGUCCACCUCGCCUACCGCGGCACCAGUGCUUUUCGUUAAGAAGAAAUGUGGGGAACUCCGCCCUUGCCAUGAUUACCGAGCCUUGAACAAAAUUACCGUCCCAGACCGAUACCCCUUGCCCCUUAUCUCGGAGCAUCUGGAGCGGGUGCAAGGGGCACAGGUGUUCACCAAGCUGGACCUCCGGGGGGCCUACAACUUGAUUCGGAUCCGAGCCGGGGAUGAGUGGAAGACAGCGUUUGGGACCCGGUACGGGCAGUUCGAAUAUUUGGUUAUGCCUUUCGGGUUGUGCAGCGCGCCUGCUGUGUUCCAACGCUACAUCAACCACGUGUUUCAGGACUUGUUAGACAAGUACGUGGUGGUGUAUUUGGAUGACAUACUGAUUUACUCCCGUGACCCGGCUCGCCAUGAGGGACAUGUCCGGACCGUGCUGCAGCGCUUGCGUGAGCACCGUUUGUACGCAAAGCUCAGCAAGUGCGAGUUCCAUCAGCGGACUGUGGACUUCCUUGGUCACCGGCUCUCUCCGGAUGGGGUGCAAAUGGACCCGGGGAAGGUGACAGCGGUUCAAGAAUGGGCGGCACCCGGAACCGCAAGGACCUACAGCGUUUCCUGGGGUUCGCCAAUUACUACCGGACCUUCAUCGCUGAUUAUGCUCAUCGCACCACCCCGUUGACCCGGCUACUGCGCCCAAAGACGCCGUUUUCCUGGGACAAGGAGGCAGAGGAGGCGUUUCAGGGGUUGAAGGCCUGUUUCCAGAGGGCACCAAUCUUACAACAUCCUGACCCCUCUCGACCCUUUGUGGUGGAGACCGACGCCUCCAGUACGGCUCUCGGUGCCGUCUUGUCUCAACAGAUUGGGCCCGAAGCGCCACUCUUACCCUGUGCCUUCUAUUCCCGCCAGCUCCUACCAGCGGAGCGUAACUAUACUGUGUGGGAGCAAUCCACGCCGAAAUCUCUGUGGCGCCCCUAAUCACAUUACCGGAGACUCAAUCAUCCAAUGGUUGCAUCUUCCACGAUCCCGGGAAAACCCUAGAUGCUAUUGAAGAGACAAAAUGACUCUCACCCCUACUACUAUCCUGGAACGUUGCUGGAUGGCAAUCGAAAACAAGGGACAAAGACGUUUUAACCUACGUAUCACAGUUCAAGAUCAUCCUGCUCCAAGAAACCUGGAUGCAAAAUCCUUUCGAACUACACAAUUACUUUGCUUUCCAUUCCCCUGCCUCAAUCGGCCCAAAAGGCGGAAGACCGGCGGGAGGUUUGAGCACCUUCGUAUCGACAGAUCUAGGAGCCUCCCUAUCCAAUUGAAAAUCGAUAAAAAUGGAUUUUGGCCGUCAAAAUAUUCUCCACCCAUUUUAAGAUCAUAUGCAUCAAUGUUUAUAUUCACCCACUUAUGAAACAAACUGAUCUUAAAAACAUCUGGAAUGAACUGGAAGACUGCAUUCGCCUUGUCUCAAAUAAGUUUCCCUCUGCCUCCUUAAUUAUUGGUGGGGAUUUUAAUGCAAGGCUAGGCCACUCAGACGAACAGUUAAUCAAGGAAAGUGGAAUGGGUCCCCUAAAUGCUAAUGAUGAAUAUUGGCCCCUAUUCAGGCGUCACUCACUUGACCCAGUCACCAAUUUUGCUGGUACAUGUCUUUUUUAAUGGCACUUAGAUUAAACCUUGUUAUUUUAAACGGCCUCUCCUCGGGGACUGCCCUGGCAAAUUUACUUACUGGUCAGGCCUAAGGCAUUCUGUUAUUGACUACAUCCUUGUCUCCCAAGAACUUUUCGAUGAAUAUAUUGAAUUUACUGUAGAUAUAAGAACCGAAAGUGACCAUUUACCCCUAAAUCUUAAAAGGACUGAAUUUUGGGAACCCUCUAGAUGUGGGCUUGCCCCGCAGACUCCUGAUCCUAGCGCUUUACAACAAAUAGGUAGAUCCAGAAUUAAAUGGUCCCCUUAUGUUAAUAACCAUUUUGGUAUUUGGACACAAUCAAUGGAAGGUCAACUCCUCUGGGCUGAUCUGACUUCCAACGACACUGAAGAGACCUCCCCAAUUGACCAUUAUAACACAUUAAUCCGAAAACUCCAACCGUUAUUGUCAAGACCCAGAAGAUCUAACCAAAAUGACUCCCCUACCAACAAAAAAUGGUUUGACCACGAAUGCACUCAGGCAAAACUUAUACUCAGGGAAUGCUUUAAGGUCUUCCAGCAAAAUCCUAACCCUAUCACUAAAUUGGAGUUACAACUUAAAAAAAGAACUACAAAGAGUUAUUAAAAACCAAAAAAGAACCGCAGACUCUCUCAUCUGGCAGGCCCUCAUAAAAGCGUCAAUAGAAAAAGACAAUUCUAAUUUCUGGAAAAUUAUCUCCAGUCAAACCAAAGCUCCUAAUGAGGGCACAAUAAUCCCUGCAAAUUCAUGGGAAGAGCACUAUAAAGUGAUGUUUAGGGAACAUCGUCCUUCUGCGCCGCUUAACAUCCCCUUAGAUAAUGAUACACCAUGGCCCCCAACAUCUGAAACUGAAAUCGCUUCGCUAAUUCUACAAAUGAAAUCUGGCAAAGCCCCAGGAAGUGAUUUCAUUGUCGCUGAACUUUUGAAAGCGCAAAUAAACUGGUGGGCCCCGGUCCUUGCAAAUCUAUUUUCAUAUAUAGACAAGACAACUGAAAUCCCUAAAGAUUGGGGACUAGCUAUAAUUGUUCCCAUAUUUAAAAAGGGCAACCCCUCUGAUCCAUCUAAUUAUAGACCAAUUAGUCUCCUGAAUGUGAUCUGUAAACUUUAUACAAAACAUCUAUGCCUAAAAUUAUGGGAAUGGUUAGAUCAUAACAACUUGCUAGAAAUUGAACAAGCAGGGUUUACAUCCGGACGUUCCACCAUUGAUCACUGCUUAGUGUUAGAUUACUUUGUCUAUAAGUAUGCGAAAUAUUGGAAAAAGUCAUUAUAUGCGGCCUUUGUGGACCUAAAGGCAGCAUUUGAUUCUGUAUCUAGGAGCAGGCUCUGGGCCAAAUUGGCCAAUAUGGGUAUUAACAGAAGGUUAUUACUUCUGAUGAUUAAGCUUCAUGAGAACAAUACCCUCCAGAUAAGAUUUGCACAGGACGGCAGACUCUCUAGAGAAAUCCCAGUCCAAAGAGGAGUUAGACAAGGAUGCCUAUUAGCCCCAUUCCUAUUUAACAUCUAUGUUAACUCCCUGGUCACAUGCUGCCGUGAAAUUGAAACCCACCCCCCUGUGUUCUCUAAUGGCAGAAAAGUACCAAUUUUAAUGUAUGCGGAUGACGCUGUUCUUCUCUCUCAAACCAAAGUGGGUCUGAAACGUGCCUUAGGAAAGUUUAGUGACCAAUGUAACACUGAACUGCUAACAAUUAACUUUGCCAAAACCAAAAUUGUACAUUUUAACCGCUCCUUCAGGAAGGAUAAUUGGAGCGUAAAGGAAACGCCAUUGAACAGACUAAGACCUUCCAAUAUUUAGGCAUUACUUUCUCUUAUAAUGCCAAAUUCUCAGCACACUUGACCACAUCAGCUAUAUCAGCAGAAAGAAGUGCAAAUGCUAUCCUUAGAUUAUUCAGAAGGAAAGGAGCUGGCUUCCUCCCGAUGGCCCUAACAGUCUUUCAGGCAAAAUCUUUAGCCCAACUUCUAUAUGGCUCUCAAAUUAGCCCCUCUGCCAACCUUAAGACCCUUGAAACAGUACAAUCUAAAUUCUUAAGAUCAUUAUUUGCUACCCCUAAGUGUACACCUAAUGCAGUCUUAAGGCAAGAGGCAGGAUUGCCCAGAGUGGAAUUAAAAGUCUGGGAACAAGCAAUAUCCCUCUGGCUGAAAAUCCAUUACAAUCCUAAGGGUCUAUUACCUUGCUUCCUGGCCGCAGUUCCCUAUCCUCCUUGGCUUAUGCAAAUAACUAACAAGAUCAAACAAAUUGGCCUAAACCCUGAAAAUAUUUUUAUUGGAACUCUGAACAAGGCAAAAGCUACUAUUACUCGGAGACUUUAUGAUAUCGAAUUACAACAAGAAGGCGCCCUACUCCCAGAGACGUAUAGAUGUUUAAAAGCUUGGCCUAAUUUUACAGCUGCCCCUUACUUAACCAACAUCACUAGCGAAGCCUAUAGAUGGGCUUUCUCUAGAGCCCGCUUUGAGACAAUGCCCUCAGCAGUGCUGUACGGCAAAUUCACGCGGGUUCCAAUGCAUGCGCGUCUCUGCCCUUGUAUGUCUAAUAAGGUAGAAUCUGUCACACACAUUCUUCUAUCUUGCGAAUUCUAUAGUGAAGAACGAGCUCAACUUAUUUUACCGCUUCUAUCAAAAUUUAUACCCCUUCAAUAUUAUUUGGAAUCCUCCCCUGAAAUUCUUCGAAAAUACCUCCUGGAAGAUUCCUCAAGCUCAGUAUCAUAUGAGGUGGCUAAAUUUUGCACUUUAGUAAUUAAGAAACGUAAAUCUCUUCUGUUGAAUGGCACACUGCGAAGUUCCCUUGUGUAACCUUUUUUCUUUUCUGAAGUUGUUGCUGAUUUCUUGUUGUCUGAUCUUGGGAUGUUUAGUGUCACUGGCUUUGGCCGCAAUAAACUUGAACUUGAACUUGAACUUGAACUGUGUGGGAGCGGGAACUACUGGCCAUCAAGGUAGCCUUCGAGGUCUGGCGCCACCAUCUUGAGGGGGCACGACAUCCGGUGGAGGUAAGAACCGACCACCGGAACCUGGAGUACCUCCAGACCACCCGCAAGCUGAACCAAAGACAGAUCCGGUGGGCGUUGUUCUUUUCCCGGUUCCAGUUUCGGAUCCGCUACAUCCCUAGCUCUCAGAAUCUGAAGGCGGAUGCCCUGUCCCGGAAACCUGAAGACAACGCAGACACGGUACAGCAAGUAGAACCCGCCACGAUCCUACCUCCGGCCGCAUUCCUGGCCACCCAGGAGGCGCAGCCACUGCAGGUUCGGGUGCGGGAACAGCAGCGGGUCGACGCUUGGGCCCAGGAACGACUCCGGGAGCUGGCUGAAGGGUCCAGCCCACAGUAUCCGGGGCUGGUCCUGCAUCAGGGCCUCCUGCUGCACCACGGUCGUCUGCUACAUCCCGCCAGGGCCACUGCGGCUGGAGGUUCUCCGGAUGGCCCAUGAUGCCCCGGCAGCGGGGCACUUUGGACGGUAUCGGACCACCCAUCUGGUCAGUCGUGAGUUUUGGUGGCCCCGCCUGAAGGCUGACGUGGCUCGCUACGUUGCUGGUUGUGAUGUCUGCCGACGCGCCAAGGGGCCUACCGGGCGACCCCCGCCCUACUUCAGCCAUUGCCAGUUCCACCGCGCCCUUGGCACACAGUUUCGUUGGACUUUGUAGUGGACUUACCCUCGUCUCGUGGCUGUACCUGCCUUCUGGUUUUCUCCGACCAUUUCACCAAGAUGGUGCACUGCGCUCCCUGUCCAUCUGUACCCACAGCCAAGGAAACUGCUCAGCUGUACCUUCAGCAUGUCUUCCGCCUGCAUGGACUACCUGAGCGCGUGGUGUCCGACCGGGGCGUUCAGUUCACAUCCCGGUUCUGGCGAGCAUUACACCAGACCCUCGGGACGGAGGUCUGCCUCUCGUCAGCCUACCACCCACAGACCGAUGGCCAGACGGAACGGGCGAACGCGGUGCUGGAGCAGUACCUCCGGUGUUACUGCAGCUACCAGCAGGAUGACUGGGUCGACCACCUGGCAUUGGCGGAGUUCGCCUAUAACAACGCGGUGAAUGCGUCCACCCAGCAGACCCCGUUCCAGGCCAGUUAUGGUUAUCAUCCACGGCUGUUUCCAGAGGUGCUGCCGGCAUCCGCGGUCCCGGCGGUGACGGAGUGGCUUCAAGAGCUCCAGUCCCAGCAACAGCUUUUGGUGGAGCAACUGCACCAGGCCAAGGAAGCGUACAAAGCCCAGGCCGACCGCCACCGCCAGGUGGGGCCGGAACUCGCGUCGGUGACCUGGUUUGGCUCUCCACUCGCCACCUCCACCCCUCUCGACCUUCGCGGAAGUUGGACGCCCGCUUCACCGGCCCGUUCCCUAUCGUAGACCAAAUCUCUCCUGUGGCAUUCCGUCUCCGGUUACCCGCAACCCUGAAGGUUCACCCGGUCUUCCACAGGUCCCUUUUGAGUCCGGUGGCCCCACCCGGCCAGUACCCACAGAACCGUCCCCCACCGCAGCCAGUGUUGGUUCGGGGAGAGCCUGAGUACGAGGUGGAACGCAUCCUGGACUCCCGAUACCGCAGGGAAAGCUGCAGUAUCUCAUUGACUGGAAGGAGUACGGACCGGAGGACCGUUCCUGGGAACCAGCGGCCAAUGUCCAUGCACCUGCCUGCCUCCGAGAGUUCCAUGCGACGUAUCCCGGCAAGCCGGGUCCGGACCCUCGGUUGAGGGGGCCUGGGAGGGGGAUGGUGUGAUGGCCUGGGAUUCCGAUUCGGAGGAUGAAACAGAGGAAUCCCGGCCUGCACAGGAGUCCCCGCCUCCAGGGCCGGCUGAACUGGGGCAAGGCCUUGAUGCUGAAGAGCCUGCACCUGUGGCAGUGCAUCAGGAGCUGGCCCCAGGUGAAGCCCUUCGGGCCCCAGAGGGGCUUGAUGACUCAGUGGCCACAGGUGAGCCUCCUCCAGGGCCCAGUAACCCUUCGGCCUCUCCUGAUCUGCAGAGGCUUAGGGCAGAGAGGCGAAGGGAACUGGUUGCCCCCAGGAGGAGUGCUCGCCUUAAGGCCAGAGGAGGCGGGGCUCCUGGGGACCGGGACCGCCCCUGGCCUUAGAAGAGGAUAAAAGCCCAGUCAGCCCGGCCCCAGGUUGCGGGAGCAACGUCGUUGUUGGCUUCGGACCUUCCUGUGUUCCUGAUCCCUGCUCGGCUUCCUGUUCCUGACUAUCCGGUACUCCUGUUCCCUGCUCGGCCUCCUGUUCCCGACCAUCCGGUGUUCCUGUUCCCUGCACAGCCUCCUGUUCCAGCAUUCCUGUUCCCCGCCCGGCUCUCUGCCUCGGACCUUGCCCCUCUUCGUGUGGACUCUGCUACACCCAAGGUACCUUACCCCCGGGACCAGCACACUAUGAAAUCCUCUUUCUGAGACAUUUGCUUUGCAUAGAUUGCUAGACGCUGUCUACACCUCUCCAUACAUUUUAAUUGGUGUUUGAAUAUAGAGUGUAUUUUAAACGUAUUCUUGAAUUGAGUGCUAUCUCCUGAUUUAAUUAUGUGAUGGCAGCUAGAUCUAACAAUAAAAAGUGGCUCAAAAAGAAAUCUGGAUAUCAGCACUGUCACCCUAAGACAAGUUUCCAUCAAUAUGAAAAACAUCAUAUCCCUGCCUUCCCUUUUUCAAUUCUAUUCUGUCAUCUGCAUUUUCAGAUGUAGACCUCUGAGAGGGUGAAACCCAGCCUCUCUUGCCCAUGUACCUCAGAAUUACGGAAACGGAAGUCUCUUUGCAAAAAGUAGGACAUCCCUGUUUCUUGUAUCACUUGAUAGGCAUGGUAUGACCCUGAUCAAGAACUUUAAAUCUCAUUCAAGAAUUCACUGGAUCCCAGAGGACCCAGAUUAUUCAAGGCAUUGAUUUUGAAGUACUUUCUACUGCAGAGUAAAGCCAACUCAGAUUCGGACUGUAUUUGUUUAUAUUAAAAUUAAUGAUUGGCAAUUCCAUUAAAUUAUAACAAACCUAAUGAAUGUAAUUAGCCAUCUGAGCAGCAAUGAUACCAACCAAAAAUACAAUAAACCACAGAGCCAAACAAAAACCUGCUGACCAGAGGGAGCAGAUUAGCCGACAUUAAAGCCUCAAUGACACAAAAUGGUCUUCACCAUUCUCCGAAAAGUUCAGAAGGAUUGGUGGUAGAUGGGCCUCUCAAGUGGGAAUGGGUACUUCUAGAAUCUGGGAGCCACAAAUGAAAAGGCCCUGAUCAGCAGACUCACCAGCCACAAUUCAAUAGGGCCUGGAGAAGACCCUCUCUGAAGAUCUCAAUGGGCAACCAGGAUUGGGAAGGGCCUUAGCUCAGUGGUAGAGUAUCUGCUUUGUAUUCAGAAGGUCCCAGGUUCAUUAGCAUUUUAAGGUAGAGUUGGGAAUGUUCUCCUGUCUGAAACCCUGGAGAUCCAUUGUGAAAUAGGGUAGACAACUGAGUUUGAUGGACCAAUGUUCUAGCUUGGUUAAGACAGCUUCCUAUGUUCCACGAGCAUCAUGUGAAAGCAGGCGGUUUUUCUGAAAACCUUAAAGGGCAAGGAGAAGAAUAGUCCCUCAGUAACAUCAUCAGGAACCUGCCCUUCAAAUAGGACCCAUCACAAAAUAGUUCCUCUCAACUCAACUAGCCAGUUCAUAAGCGUAUUUUUGUUGGAUAAUAUCAAAGCAUCUGAGUCAUCUCACAGAAUUGACAGAGGCUCUGUACACACUUCAGCUUUUGAAGUGCUGUGGUUUUGGGUUUCAUAAAAGUGCUUUUGUAAACAUUGCUUUGUAAGUGUCUGUACCUGCAUGAAUAGUUGUUAAAUCAUUGCCAUCAGUACAUGCAGAGGGCUUGUCCUCUGUGGAUAGGGCACAUUAAUUUAUUUAUUUGCUCCCCACUCUUAAUGCCCACCACACUCCCUUUAAAGAUAAAACCCUGUGAGUUUAUUGAGAUACCAGAAGCCUGGCAGCAGAGGCUACACAGACACAGUUAGUUAUAUUUAAUUCAGUGUAGGCCCUGAGGCUGCCUUCCCUUGUACCAUGCAGGCAAUUUCAUUUUUACUAAUUUCUUUUUACAGGGAUGGGAGUAGGGUGGGAGUCAAGACACUCUGGGUUGUCCUCAGUUAACAUCUGCCCACAAGAUACUCACUGAAAUUAAUACUCAAGUUAGUCAUAUCUAUUUCUUUCAAUUGCUUUAGCCUGAGUAUAACUAACACUGAAUAAACCUCUUUGUAAAUGCAUAGGCUUCCUUCCCUUCUACCAUGCGGGCAACUUCAUGGCUAUGUAUCUUUUUCUUUGGGCAGGGCACUCCGAGUAUGCUCAGAGGCUCCCUGUUCUGGUGCUGUGCAUGACUAAUGGCUGUAGUGCCUGUUUUAUUGCAAGGCAUUCAUGGUGUGUUAUGCUUAAGAGUUUCCCUGCCCUGACACCAGGCAGGUGGGGAAUAUCACAAAGUUUGGUUUAUUGAAUGAAGAAAGGGGGGCACUUUAGGCUUCUGAUCUAUCUGCUCCCUGUUAUACCAAUUAAUUCUACUGGGGUCAUUGUAAUUUCUUAAAGGACAACAUCAACUAUGUUGUGUUAAGGGCAAAGGAGAUGGUGGGGGCAGCUCAAAUCAGUCAAACUGCCACCAUAAGCAGUCAGAUAAUAUGGUUCUUGGUGGAAAAGGUUUGUAGUGAUUACAGCAGUAAGUUGAUCCAAGCUUCUGGAUUUUGAUAAACUGGAAGUAUUACUUAAAUAGUAGUAAUAAUAAAUGCUAUGGUGGAAACUGGCCUCAUUCCAACUGUGUUCAUGUACAGAGGAGAAAGAGAUUCUACCUGCCCUUUUAAAGAGCUGUUUUUGCCCAUCCUUUUAGAGAGCAAAACAUUAGUGAAACCUAUGUGACUCUCCAAAGACUGAAGACUUCUUUGGCGAUCACUCAUAGCCGAGUAAGAUUGUCUUCCAUGAACACAGUUUUAACAGUGAGUCCGUAAGUGACUGUGGAGGCCAAUUCUGGAUCCACACGUCCUUCCACGGUGGGGACAUUGGUUUCCGAGUGGGAGUUGACCACAGUGUGGAUUUGCCAAGUGUGCCUUCCUCUUAGCAUGUUCCUCCACUGCACCCUACGUUUGAGCAUCUUCAAAGCCCAUGACACCUUUGAUAAAGGCUGUUCUCCAAUUGGAGCACUCGCAGGCCAGUGUUUCCCAGUUGUUGGUGUUUAUACUACAUUUUUUAGUUUUGCCUUGAGAGAGUCUUUAAACCUCUUUCGUUGACCACCAGAAUUACACUUUCCAUUUUUAAGUUCAGAAUAGAGUAGUUGCUUUGGAAAAGAAUAAUCAGGCAUCCGAACAACAGGACCAGUCCAAUGAAGUUGAUGUUGAAGAAUCAUUGCUUCGACACUAGUGACCUUUGCUUCUUCCAGCACACUGGCAUUAGUUCACCUGUCUUCCCAAGUCAUGUGUAAAUUUUUUCAAAGACACCGUUGAUGGAAUCUUUCAAGGAGUUGGAGAUGGUGUUUAUAAGUGGUCCAUGUUUCACAAGCCUACAGUAAGGUCGGUAGUACAAUAGCUUUGUAAACAAGCAUUUUGGUUUCCCUGUGAAUGUCCUGGUCUUCAAACACUCUGCACUUCAAUUGGGAGAAAGCUGCACUCACAGAGCUCAGGCGAUGCUUGGAGUAGUCUGGAACACCAAAUAGCUCCAGCGUCUGUCAAGUGAAUCUCCAAGGGGGUGGGCAGUGGCUAUACAUGUACAGCCCAACAACAUCACAAGACCCUUCCCAAGGAGGGGUUCCCCAGAGAAGGCACUUUCAGUUUCUACACAAGGCCAAGGGGUGCUUCAACAUGCAUGGUAAAAUAUAGGAUGACUUAUAACUGUUCUACUGAAAGGCACUUUCAAGACACACAAAGAAUGCUAAACUAACAAUAUGGAGACAACAUAUUCCGUGUGUACACCGGGGGUGUGGGGGUGUGCAUCUGAGAAAGGCAGUGAAUGCAUUUUACGGCUGUAUGUGUACAUACUCGGGGAUUCACCUCCCCUGUCUCACAAGAAGCCACUUGGAGAUUCAGCUUCUCCCAUCGUGAUUUGUCUCUCUAUACUCGAUAUUUUUGUAAGUGUCACACUGUUGUUACCGCCAAAAGCAGUGUGGCGACAGAACAGCAGACAGGUGAGCAAGGAAGCAUCGCAGGUGAACUGCUGAGGAAGGAGUGCCAUUUAAAGGAAGAUGAAAAGUGCUUUGGAGAUCAGUUGGGCAAACUGCUCUCUGACAUGCCCUCCUCUGUUAAACAUCACUGGAGCAGCAUCAAAAGGAGGAUGGGAAGUGUAUCAUAGGCAAACUGCUCUCUCAUGCACCCGCUCCUGAAGGAAGAGGUGUUUGGGUGAGCUGUGAGGGAAGAGGGUGGGGGUUUAGGGAGAGAUGUGGAGAAGGAGGGGGAUGGCAAAGGUGUGGGGUGGAGCUCGUGGGUUGGUGAGAAGAGCAAGCAGGGGUGGCAGCUCCUAGUUCUUUACUAUAUAUAUGGAAAAGCAAUAGUAUAUUUUAUGAAGUUGAUUUGCAUUCGCUUUACUAAAAUAUGCCUUGUUUCUUGGGGCUUUUCUUCUUUUUAUUUUGCACCUCCUUUUUGAGUUGCAUGAAAAGAGCUUGUAAAAAUGUGGAUAACUGGGAAAUACUGAUGAUGAGUCUAUUCAGCCACCACAUGAAACAAGAAUUGUCAGGACGUCUGGCUGGCAUUCAGGUGCCAACUCUGAGUCUUAGCACUAGGAAAAACUGGACUGGAUUGUAUCAAUAUAGGGUUUUGCUUUGCCUGGAAGAGCCCAGCUGCAAACAUGACUCCACCUUGUUCCUGCUAGACUCGCCUUGGGUGUCGUUUGACUGGCUACUCUGGAUCAAAGAAAAACAUACUAAGAGAAAGAAGCCUUGUGCACACACCCAAAUCAGUCUGUGGAAUUGCUGUCUUUUUCUCAGUUCUCCCUUGCCCUUCUUGGAUCGUCUUCUUUACAGUCUGCUAGGGUGUGUUGUUGUUGUUGUUGUUGUUGUUGUUGUUGUUGUUGUUGUUUUGAACCCUCCUUUUGGGAGUAUUUUUUAUGUCUAGCCCUGUAACGUUUGUAGGAUCAAAUUUUGAAGAGUCCUUGCUGACUAAGCACUGGGAUCUCUUUGAGCCAAACCAACAUGUUAUGCUAAGCACAUAAUUAGCAAUUGUGUACUUUUUUUCCUUCUUUGCUAAAUAGCAGCCAAGGGAUCAGGACUGUGGCAUUUGGGGGGAGGGGCACCAAUGGCAGCUUUCAAGAGGGAAUAGCAGCUUUGGGUAGUAAUUUUUAUCAGGACUGUGGGGUGAGUGUUCCAUCAUCACAUGCUCUCUAGCAUAGCCCAGGGUGCUUUUCCUCCCCUAAAUUAGGGAAGACUAUAUACUGGCUUAACAGCCCUCAUUUACCCAACAUGCUGUAAUAGCGUAACCCAGAAAGAAGACAUUGGUACAGCAGUAGCUGACAUAGUGAAACCAUAAAACUUGUCUGUUGUGUUUGUCUCCUACCAGCUGAACCACUGCUGCAGCCUCUCUAUUUCAUGGUGCAGUAAAUGCAAGGUGUGGCUUCUGCAAACUGAGACAGAUCGCACCAUACAUGACUGCCCCCCCCCGCCAAAAAUGCUGAGAACUGUAAUUUACCUCUCACAUAGCUAAACUUCCCAGCAUCCUUAACAAACUACGGUUCCCAGGAUUUGGCAGUGUGUAUGUGGAAUCAUGUCCUUAAAACGUGCGGAGUGUAUGGCCAGAACGAAAUUGAAUUGAGUGAGCUGUAGCCUCAAGAAUUUACCUAGAAAACAAGAAGAGCCAGUGGCGGAGGAAGGGGGUGCAGAAGGUACGGGCUGACCCGGGUGUCAUCACUGAGGGGGGUGACAAAAUGACAAAAAUAGGAGGUUGUUUGUUUUUUAAAAAGGGAUCACGAAAUGUUUUAGUUCAGUCAACAGACAUAAUGAAACGUGGCUGGUGCUGGGCUGGCGCUGGGCUGGCACUGGUUGCCACGCUUGCAUGCAUCCUGCAGCGUGCCCAAGUCAUGCGUCUCUCCUGGGAGUGACGUGGUGGCUUGGGCGCCUGCAGGCUCCACGCUGCCUGAAAUGGUAGCGUGGGACUUGCACCUGCCCGCUGCCUCUCCCUCAGCCACCCUACAGCUGUGGGGGGGAUGUGUGCGGCAGAGAGGCUCCAUGCAGCGCGCCCCUAACCCCAUGGGCGGCUCACUCUGCUCCCGACUGAAGGACAUGUGCGCUGCACCAUGCACCCCGAGCAGCUAGCUACGCCAUUGAGAAGAGCCCUGCUGAAUCCCAUCUAGAACAGAAUCCUGUUCUUACAGUGGCCAGCUAGAUGCCUAUAGGAAACUCUCAAGCAUAUACCUUCCAAUACAUAUUUACCCACCAGCAGGAUCUUGCACCUUUGCUAGUGCUAUGUACAAACAUUUGAAAUGCACAAUAUUAUUGCAUCCUGCCCUAUCCCCACCCCAGUUGUGUGGCAACUGAAAUCUCUGUGGGUGCUUCCAGCUGGGGGCUUAAUAUUGCAAACUGGCCAUUCAGAAAUUGCAAAUGGGGCAUUGGCAGUAGGUUUUUUCUUUAACUUACCUGAUUUUUUGUGAAAACUGUGACUCUGAAUAUAAAAGGAAUGAAAUACAGCCUAGCAUUUUGAUGCUGUCAUGGGGGUGUAUGCGAGAGCAGUGCCAAUAAACACCUAUAUGGAAGCAACCUAUAAUAUACCAGGAUGAGGCAAAAUAAGGAAACGUACAUUUCGUGGGAUAUAAAACUGCAGUCAAAUACAGCAUUUCUACAAUAGACAUGUCAGGGGAUGUUUUGUUCCACUCAGAAGACUUCCUGUUUCCUCCUGAGUUGGGACAGACUUCCACUGCAUGUGACUUGAAGAGGGUGUGGUCUGUUGUACUAACAUGGAAGAGCACAUGGCCUCCAUGUUCUGAUCAGUGUGUGUUCUCCAUUUUGUAUGUUGCUGUGUGUUUGGAGAAGUGACUGCUUAGUCGCAGUCACUUGGAACUAACUUCUUUAUGGAAUAGUUCUAGUUGUUAUGUAACCUAAACCUGCCUUCAGGGAUAUGUCAGUGAACCUGAAUGAAUGUGAGUAAACUACUUUUAUAUUAACGUUAAUCAGAUUCUUGUGUUUUGUGGACCUCAGUGGGUGGGGGUGGAGCUGAACGAUGGGGGUAGAGAUGCUCCUUCAGGUAUACUGGGCUGUUCAUGGGGUAGUGCUGGAUUAAACCCUGCAGAGGCCCCUUGGCAGUCAAAAUCUGGGUGGGGGGCAGGCCUCGUGAGCACACUGGAAUAACAUUGAACCAAGAAAGCUUGAUUGUUGUUUUCUUUCAAAAUCAAAUCAAUAUUAUUUUGAUCCAUUGUCAUGGGACCCCUAAAAAAUGUGGGGCCCAUAGGCCAGUGCCUAUGCUGCCUAUUUGGUAAUCCAGCCCGGCCGCUUUGGUUGAAGGAGAGAGAAGAAACAGAAGAUUAGGGGCGCUUCCUGAUGCACUGCAGCUGUUCCCCACAAUGAAAUGGAAGGCCCAACAUUUGCCAGGCACUUUGGGAUGCUCAGCAACCCUGUGUGGUUACAGCAACCCUGUAAAGUAGGCCCUAUGCGCUCCCCAAAUUGCAGCUGAAUCCCUCGCAGAUUGGCAUCCAACCUCUGCUUAAAAGCCUCCAAGGAAGGAGAGUCCACCACUGUCCCAGAGAGUCUUACCAUCAGAAAGUUCUUCCUAAUGUUUAGUCUAAAUCUCCUCUCCUGCUCUCCCCUCUGGAGCAGCAGAAAACAAGCUUUCUCCCUCUUGCAGCCCUCAGAAGAUGGCUCUCCUCCAUAGCUGUCAAUGAUUCACUUUUUAAAGGGAAAUUGCCUUAUUCUGAAUAGGAUUCCUCGCAAGAAAAGGGAAAAGUUGACAGCUAUGCUCUCCUCUCUCUUCUUAGUCUCCUCUCCUCCAGGCUAAACAUACCCAGGUGCCUCAACCAUUCCUCAUCAGGCUUGAUUUCCAACUGCCUCAACCAUUCCUCAUCAGGCUUGGUUUCCAGACCCUUCAUCAUCCUGGUCACCCUCCUCUGCUCACCUUCCUGCUGCUCAAUAUCCUUCUUCAACUAGCCUGCACUGACUGGCAGCAGCUCUCCAGGGUCCCAGCCCCCCUACCUGGAGAUGCCUCCCAGGACAAAAGACCUGCAUGCAAAGCAGAUGGUCCAAUCCAGACCCCUAGCCUGCCUUGAAGGAUGUGGGAAUGGUCUCCCUUUGGAAAUGGGGCAGCAGGAAGAAGGAUGUGAAAUGCCGGCGUGAAUCUGCCGAGAGAAAAUACAGCUCAGCUGCAGGCGGAACAGCAGAUGCCUCCAAGUUCUGACAGUGGAGCAUCACCUCUCAGGAGGGGCCAGGUCCAGGUGGGGGGUUGCCACGGUGACAAGGACCUGCCCUCCUUUGUGACAUGUCUUGCUUCUCCCUUAAAAGCCACCAACUUGCAGGUGGCCAUUGUGGGUUAGUAGUGAGGCGAAUUGAGUAGUAGAGAGAGGAAUUGGUGGUGGUUGGAGAUGAUAAGGAGAGGUGUUCAUUUGAUAGUUAUUGUUAUUGUUAUUUGAUUUAUUACUUUUAUUUGAUUCAUUUGAUUUUAUUUGUUUUUAUUUUAUUUAUAAUUUCACUUUUUAUUUUAACACUUUUAUUUUACUUUUUAUUUUAUUUUUUGUUGUUUAUUUUCACGUUUUUUAUUUUGUGCACAUUUGUGCUCAUUUUGUAUAUAUUUUAUAUAUAUUUAUUUUGUGCAUAGAGGAGUAGUUAGGGGUAAGUGUAGGGUCAGAGUUAGGCUUGGGUAGGCAUUUUAGAUAGUUAGCUAGUUUAGAGAGGAGGGUGGGAAUUUUUCACGAACAAAAUGUGCAGACUGUAAGUAGCAUUCCUUUGCUUUCUUCUGACCUCCUGGGGGCGGGAUGUGAGUCCUGGGGUCCCCUGCACAGCCUUGGCUCUCUGGAAAUCGACCUGGCCAGUCUUCUCCAGAGAGCUCAGUUCCUCCCUACUUUUUCCCCGCCUUCCCCUUUUCUCUCCCCUCUCAUCAUUUACAUUUACUAGGACAUUCCUAGCCCACACAUCCCAGGAGCUCAAGGUGGCCUUCAUGGUUCUCCCUAUCACCAAUUGUUAUCUUCACAGCAGCCCUGCAAAGUAAGCUAGGCUGACCCAUUGUCCACCAGGGAGCUUCAUGGCUGAGUGGGGAUUCGAACCCUGCUCUCCCAGGUCCUCCUAGUCCAGCCCUCCAACUACUACACCUCUGCCUGGCUCCAUUUUGCAUCUCUCCAGCUGCCCUAUGACAUCGGCCUUCUCCCCCUUCCUGGAGGUCUUUCUGGCUCCAAGGAAGACUCCACCACCUUCCUCAUGUUCUGCUCCUCUUCUGGGACACCUUGAUGCUUGGAGGGCCCUCCUGGGGUCUCCUCCCUAUCCAGGAAGGGCAGGGCUGUCCUAAGAAGACAAGCCUGGUGUUUAGGGUUGGAGCCGUCCUCCAGAGACCCCCAGAAGGAGCUGACUUUCCUCCUCUGCUCUCUUCCAACACAUCUUUGCCCACUUGGAGUGCUUCAGGGAUCACCCCCUGAGCCUGGCCCUGGCCUUGGAGGCCCUCCUCCAGCUGAGGUGAGUGGGGUCUUUGGGGUGGAUGGGGGGCAGAACUCCAGGGGGAGCUUUGGGUGGGCAAGAGCAGGCAGGAGGGAGAAGGGGGCAAGGGAGGAGGCAGCAUCUAACCCCUUCGCUUUAUCUCUCUAGCUUCAUGAGACCCCAUUUCAGCUAUGAUAUGGUCGGUGCUAUCCUGCGUAGGACAAUGGAGGCUGUUCUUGGGGGUGCAGAAAAGGAGGAGGACAAAGAGGCAUGUCCUGUGCUUUAACUUCCCUUUGCACAGCUCUUUCUUCUUCUCACACCCUUGCAAGAUUUAACCCAGCACUCAACCUCUCUUCUCUCUUUUCCUGCGGGAAAUGAAGAGGCACUUCCAGAGCCUGCUGGGGGGUCUUCUUCUGGAAGCCCCCAAUGCUGGCACCCUCCUCCAGCUGCUCACUGUAAGUAUCCAGAUGGCAUCAGGAGUGGUUUUAGGGUUGCCCCCUCACUGUCCUUUACCCAACAGACUGUCCCAUUUCUGGGGCAUGGAGUUCCCUGUCCCAUUUGGCCCAAGACCAAAACUGGCAACCCUCAUGGUUCAGGAGUGCCAGGGACUCUGUGACGGGGGCAGCAGAGGGCCGCUUUGGCCCAGACUGGCUCCUGACGCUGAGACGCUCUCCUCCCGUAGGACCUCCGAUAUUACGCCCUUUGGGGAAGUGAGGUGGAAAGGAAACUAGUGGCCAGCAGCAUUUCUCUGCUGCAGGCUGUUUCACGAAGAUUCCCCCACCUCAGAGUAAGUACCUUGCCUUCUUGUAUUAAUUUCUUUGGUUGCUUCCAUCCUCCCAAGAGCACACACCCCCAGCGACUUUUAAUGCAGAAUAUGUGGUGUGUGUCCCUGGGUGCCAGGAUGAGGCCAGAGGCUUUUUUUUGCCCCCUUUCCUGGUGCUGCCCUUCCACCUCUGCCCAGAAGGCUGCAGGGCCCAGGGAGGUCCUCUGGGGCAAGGGAUUGGGCCCAAGCCAUAGGGAGACCCAUCCUUCCUGGCGUGGGACUGCUUCUGUGCUCUCUUGCCCCCAUCCAGGGUGGGGUUUGUAGUGUCAUCUCACCCAGAUUUUUCUUUCCUCUGCAGAACACAGUAAUUCGGCUGGAGCUGGCCUGCUUCCAGCAAAAUCUGAAAGAAGGUAAGCCCCACACCUUGGGGACAGUGAAUUCCCUUGUUCCUUGUUUGCCCAAGACACACCUCCCAGGUCUUUCUGCUGGGGGUCCUGCAGGACCUGCUCCCUGCCCGGCAGGCCUUUCCCACCUGGCCUGGGAGGGCAGCACCCAGACUGACUCCAGCUACAAAAAGCAGAGAGGACUCUCUUUUUCAUUCUCUCCUAUCCAGAUGACCUCGUCAUUGAAGAGUUAUGAUUUUCCUCCCUGAAGGAAUUGCUGGCUCUAUUUGGACGUCCCAACUGGCCAAAGACUGGCAGAAGAAGAGGCGCUGAGAAUCAGGAGGGGGACAGAUGAUUUAACCAGCCAUGAAAUAUGGAGUGAGAUUGGGCAGAACUUGAAGGAAGGAAGGAAGGAAGGAAGGAAGGAAGGAAGGAAGGAAGGAAGAAUCCAUGACAGAUGGUGAUCUAAUCUCUGCUUUAAAACCUGCAAGGAAGGAGAGUCCAUCACCUUCCAGGGGAGUCCAUUCUUCUGUUGAACAAUGUUUAGUUGGACUCUCCUUUGUUGUAUCCUGAAGCCAUUGGUUCAAGUCCUACCGUCCAGAGCAGAAGAAAGAAAGCUUGCCUCAUCUUCCAUGUGACAGCCCUUGAGUUAUUUGAAAAUGGCUCUCUCUGGUGUCACUGGAUCAAGCUGAUCAAUUUUCUUGCAUUACUUAAACUAAAUAGUUUUUAAUGGAUUUUGAAUAAACAUGCAAUAAAUUGUUACUGUUUUGAA